CUGUGUGAAGCUGAAGCUGGCAUGGCCCUCCCUUCCUCUGUUCUUCUGCAUCUGGUCCUCAUUAGGUUAGGAGCGGAUGGUAUAAAGCAGGGAGCUGACGGGGGCUGGGCCUCAGUGCCUGGACCUGCACCAUCAUGGAAGCUGCUCUUUGGGUGUGCCUUAGCCUGCUCUGUCUGCAGGGCAGUUUUCUCCAGCUCACACAUGGUGCAGACUGCACUGGGACAUCACAGGUGCAAGACUGUGUCAAUGGGCAGACCACCGGAGGAAAGAAUGACGGGCUUCUGCGGCUGAUUCCAUCUGCUCCAAGAGAGACCCAUACCCAGACAAAGCCACAGAGAGGACGACUUGGGGCACACUCUGUACUUGGUAAGUGGAAAGAUGACAACAUACCGUCGGCCGUGCCGUUGGACAGACAGAAGAAAGAGUUGGGGAAGCACUCCAGCAUUCCUGGGUCCUUCUCGACGAAGGGCUUCCCCAACACACUCAUCCAAGUUCAGACAGAGCGGGCCAGGAGACACUUGGGCCAGUCUGGGACCAAGAAGAAGAACAAGCCUAAAUCCAGAGUGGGAUCUUUUUCUCUGCUCAGCAACAACAAACCCAGCGCCGCCAUACAGGUAACCAGAGUACGGAGGAGUACGGAGAAGGAGAAGAAGAAAGGGAAGCCAAGAGGACGACCAGGAGCGUACUCUGCUAUGGACGUCCCAAACAAACCUGAACCCUUGGGACAAAGGCGCAAGAGGAGCCCACAGAAGAAGAAACAGACCAAGAGAAUUGUUUGUUCAUCAACAUUUCAUUAAACAAGGGACUUUGCGGAAAGCCCUACUGCUUCAAUAGUUCAUAAACUGUACUUUAUAUCUUCUUCUCUUUGUAAACAUAUUGGUUUUACGUCAUUUCUUCAAUUUAACAAUAAUGUAAUAUAUAUAUAUAAUGGAAACACAUCCCUGAGGACAAGUAUACAUACAAUACUUUUGAGAACCCCUUAAAUAUUCUCUUUUAUUAUAGUUUUUGUUGUUGUUGGUCGAUGGUGAUUCUUUGGCAACUGUGCAUAUUAUCAGGUUUAAAUAAAGUAAACAUGUAUGAGAAUACUUCAUGAGAACUUUCCGCAACAUAAGGCUACAGAGGGCUGCCGUUUCUAGCCAGCACUGUUUAUUUUCUGUUUAGUCUAUGACAGAGUCGGACUCCACCUUGACAAAUGGACUAGAACAUUUCACUGCUCCAGCUCUCCCUCUCUGUUGCCAAGUACAACACCUUCAAUUCCCACACAACGGGAACUGUGUAACUUCCAGAAGUUAAUUCAGAAAUUGUGGAUUAGGGGGGGAAAUGUCACUGAGCCCCAAUUACAGAUGGCUGAGCUAAAGGCAGUGCCUGUAUCCCAAAUGGCACCAUAUCCCCUACAUAGUGCACUACUUUUCACCAUCUUAAUGGCUAAGUUCAUCGUUAGAACCAUAUGGUUUGAACGAUGAACUUAGUCUUUUAAGAUGCUUUUGGAAACCAGGGCCCAUGGUUAGUACCAUGGGCCCCUGUCAAAAGUAGCGCACUAUGUAAGGAAUAGGGUGCCAUUUGGGCUGCAGGCAGUGAAUGCCCAGCGCGGUGUGAACCAUGUGCAGAGUCUAAACUUGCAGUCAAAUCUUUGGGUUGAGAGCCCAGCUAUUCUGUCAAAUUAAAAGGCGUUGGACCAGUUGAUAAUGGGAAAGAAAUCAUAAUGUUAGACUGUCUACGCCAUCUGUUUCAGAAGUCAUAGUUCAUUUGUUUAGAAAAAAAAUGUUUCUUUUGAAUUUAUUUAGCCAGAGCUAGGAAGCUCAUGGCAUUGCAUUCACUAAUGGUGAGUUUGAGUGUCUUUGCAGGCCACUCAUGUACUUUACAGUGCCUGCGGAAAGUAUUCAGACCCCUUGACUUUUUCCACAUUUUGUUACGUUACAGCCUUAUUCUAAAAUAGAUUUUUUUUUAAACAAUCCUCAGCAAUCUACACACAAUACCUCAUAAUGACAAGGCAAAAACAGGUUUUAUACAUAUUUGCAAAUGUAUUAAAAACAAAAAACAAAUACCUUAUUUACAUAAAUAUUCAGACCCUUUGCUAUGAGACUCAAAAUUGAGCUCAGGUGCAUCCUGUUUCCAUUGAUCUUCCUUGAUAAAUUCAAUUGAUUGGACAUGAUUUGGAAGGGCACAUGCCUGUAAGGUCCCACAGUUGACAGUGCAUGUCAGAGCAAAAUCCAAGCCAUCGAAGGAAUUGUCCAUAGAGGUACAAGACUGGAUUGUGUCAAGGCACAGAUCUGGGGAAGGGAACCAAAACAUUUCAGCAGCAUUGAAGGUCCCCAAGAACACAGUGGUCUUUAUCAUUCUAAAAUGGAAGAAGUUUAAAACCACCAAGACUCUUCCUAGAGUUGGCCGCCUGGCCAAACUGAGCAAUCGGGGAAGAAGGGAGACCAAGAUCCUGAGAAUGCUAGGAGUGUGCAAAGUUGUCAUCAAAGCAAAGGCUGGCUACUUUGAAGAAUCGAAAAUCUAAAAUACAUUUGGAUUUGUUUAACACUUUUUUGGUUACUACAUGAUUCAAUAUGUGUUAAUUCAUAGUUUUGAUGUCUUCACUAUUAUUCUACAAAGUAGAACAUAGUUUAAAAAAAAAACUUUAAUGAGUAAGUGUGUCCAAACUUUUGACUGGUGCUGUAUGUAAAUGUAAUACUUUCGUUUAAUAAAUGUAAAAUGUCUAAAAACAGGUUUUUGCUUUGUCAUUAUGGGGUAUUGUGUGUACAUUGACGAGGACAAAAUACGAUUUAGUACAUUUUAGAAUAAGGCUGUAAUCUAAGAAAAUGUGGAAAAAUGACUCUGUUUUUCUCUUCCCAGAAAAACGACUCCGUGAACGCCCUGUCAGAACGGAGGGUUGUUUAUUCCAGGGCCAUACUGUAUCAACAGGGAUCCAAGGUGAGGUCCAAGUCUACGGUGUCUAUAUUAGGACAGCCUGUCUCAGGUGGAGUUGUUUCAGUCAAUCCCUGGCACUAUAGCCACAAGGUAAUUAAAUACAUAAACAUUUGUAUUGUGAAAAAAAGCAAGUGAAGGAGUCCUUGCAACAAUACGGAGGAAUUCAAACAAUGAUAUCAAAGUAUUUAUUUACAUAAUUUUACGAGUUACAGCAUAUUAAGGCAUUAUAAAUCAUUCUUAAUGCUUAUCAAAUGACACAAUUGUGGCCUCCCGAGUGGCAGAGUGGUCUAAGGCACUGUAUCGUAGCGCUAGAAGCGUUACUACAGACCUGGGUUCAUUUCCGGGCUGUGCCACGAAAUGUCGUCCUAUGGGACUCCCAUAGGACGACGCACAAUUGGCCCAGCGUCGUCCAGGUUAGGGGAGGGUUUGUCCGGGGGUGCUUUACUUGGCUCAUCGCACUCUAGCGACUCCUUGUGGCGGGCUGGGUGCCUGCAGGCUGACCCCCGGUCAUCAGAUGAACAGUGUUUCAAGAUUGAAAUUGAGACCAGUGUCACGCCCUGACCAUAGUUCCUUUUUUAUGUCUCUAUUUUGGUUUGGUCAGAGCGUGAAUUGGGGUGGGCAUUCUAUGUUUUUUUCCUUUGUUUUCUAUUUCUAUGUGUUUGGCCUGGUAUGGUUCCCAAUCAGAGGCAGCUGUCUAUCGUUGUCUCUAAUUGAGCACCAUACUUAGGUAGCCUUUUCCCACCUGUGGUUUGUGGGUAGUUGUUUCCUGUUUUGUGUUGCUGCACCUGACAGGACUGUUUCGAUUUUCGUUUCUUACAUUCACUUUGUUAUUUUGUAUUUUCGUGUUAAGUUAUAAUAAAUUAACAUGGACACUUA